CCUCUGUAAUUCCUGGGAUUUUCCCCAAAAAAUUCCCGCCUUUCCCCCCCAAAAUUCCCAAUUUUUUUCCCCGGGAAUGACGCAAAAUCCGUGACUCAAAAUUCAGGAAUUUCCCCAACCCCGCGCCGAGUGGGCGUGGCCACCCACAAACCCCGCCCCCCUCCGCUCUCCACCAAUCAACUCUCACCGUGGGCGUGGCCUCCACCCCCUGUUAUAACCCCGAGGCCGCGGGUUCGAAUCCCGGCAUUUCCUUUUCAACAUGUCGAUGGUAGCGGCGGUCGCGGCCACCGCGAGGUGUCCGGGACGGAUUUGGGGACAUCCCGAGGGUGUCCCCAAGGGGGUGGCACCGUCCCCACCUCGUCACUUCACCUUCGAACCCCUCCCGCCGCCCCCCGGCCCCUCCAGGCCUCGGCGGCGGCAUCGGCGCGUUCUUUAUCCGCCCGCUGUGCGUCGCCCCCUCCCCUCGGAAGAACCCAGCGCCGCCAAGCGACUCCUGCUGCUCCUCUUGGCCGUGGUGGGCACCCAAAUCUACAACGCGCCGGGUGACGUCGCCGACGUCACCUUGGGGGGCACAAGGACACCCCUGGGGACACCCCCAAUCCCAGAGGGACCCCAAAUUCCCGCCGGGAACGCCAACGGGACGACGGUGGCGGCACCCGUGGGUGGCUCCUGCCCCUCGUUGUUGGUGUCACCUCCUUUGUCACCGCCGUUGUCGCCCCCUGCUGGCACCAGGACACGAUAAGGACCCCCCCCAAAACUGGGGGGCGUCGCCCAGGACUGCCACGCCCUCCGGGAUUAAUUAACGAGGUCGUUAAUUAAGGUCAAAGAGCUCUGGGUUGGAAGAAAGCGCCGAUGUUGGACGAUCCCAGUUUGGAACUGGGAGGACUGGAAAGGGGCGGAGUCAUGGAUUGAGGGGGGGGUUUCCCAUUCCCUAACUAAUUAGCUGGUUAAUUAACAGCUAAUUAAUGAGCAGCUCAUUAAUUAGCUACCAAUUAAGGUGGGAACAAGCCCCAUGCUGGAAUUUUGAGGUUGCCCAAUCCCAGUUUGGCACUGGGAGCACUGGAAAGGGGCGUGGUCGGGUUGGCCUCGCUAACGAGGUUUUAAUUAAUGAGGUCACCUCUACCUCAGCUUCAGCGCCUGUGGCUGCUGAGUUUAUUAAUGAAUUAUUACUAAUUAUUUAUUUGCUAUUUAUUUAUUAUUUAUUUGUCACUAUUUAUUUGCUACUAUUUAUUAAUUAUUUAUUGAUUAAUUAUCUCUGGAUUAUUUAUUGCGAUCCCAUUUCAGGGGCAUUGUUUAAUGAUUAAAUUAAUUAAACUCAUCAGUUGAAUUAAUUAACGGGA